AUGUAUCGACAAAGUGUUAAACUGCUUCUAUUUAGCAAGCCCAUUACUCAGGGAUACGCUGCUCAGUUACCGCAACCAACACCAACGAGCCGCCGCACAUCAUGGCGUCGAGCCUUUGAUGUAAAUGAGGAAGUGCGGGAGAUGUAUACACCCAGUGCAGAGCGGUAUGAGGAAUGGUAUAAAGAAACAUACGGCAUUGAGGAUCUCAGUGAUGGGUGUUGUGCCUCUGGGGCGGCGUCCAAUAGACUUUUAGAUGAUCGAAAGAAUAUGGAGACAAGUGUUGGAUUGCCUGAUCUUCAUGCUGUGGAAGAUGAAUUGGAGUUUUGCUCACAACAGUUCAACCACAAUACACUCGUACGAUGA